GAUGCUUCUCAGCGACGGGAGCGAGUGGUGCAGACCCCCCACCCCACCCCCACCCCUCGCAGGAGCCAUCUCUCGGGAUUAUUUUCGCCUCGCACGGUAUUGACGGACCGAGGAUUCCCAGACAUGUGGGCUUCUCGUGAGAGUCAGCUGCAAGUGGACAGGACGACAGGGAGCGCAUUGUGAGAGAAGAAGAAGAAGAAGAAGAGAGACUUCGGGGAAACAGGACAGCCCGGAGCGUGGAGCUCAGCGGAUGUCGGGAUCUCUAAAUGGCACAGAAAGAACGAGUAACAACAUAUUCUUUGAUUAAUUAAAACAAAAGAGAGAGAGAGAGAGAGAGAGAGAGAGAGAGAGAGAGGCGCGAAAAGCACAGUUUGCGAUGAAGUGAGUGGAAGCUCGGCAACUUCGCCAUGAAAUCAGUGUUCUUCAGCCGCUUCUUCAUCCUGCUGCCUUGGGUCCUAAUAGUCAUCAUCACGAUUGAUAUCGACAGCAAAAGAACCAUCUGGACUCCGGGCGGUGUUCCGCGCAACAGGGCGCAGUGGGCGGGCCGAACACCUGGGCUCGGCGGUCCUAAGAGCCAGCCUGCCCUGCCGGUCAUCUACGCCAUAACUCCCACUUACACGCGCCCGGUGCAGAAAGCCGAGCUGACGCGACUGGCGCACGCUUUCCGCCAGGUCCCCCAGUUGAACUGGAUCGUGGUGGAGGACUCCACGGGGCGCACGGAUCUGGUGAGCCGCUUCUUGGCUCGGUGCGGGGUGCCUUACACGCACUUGCACGUCUUCACGCCGCGCAGGUUCAAGCGCGCCGGGAUGCCCCGUGCCACCGAGCAGAGGAACGCGGCCCUGGGGUGGCUCCGGCAACACCGGACACGCCGAGACACGGGGGUGGUCUUCUUUGCGGACGACGACAACACUUACAGCCUGGAGCUGUUUGAAGAGAUGCGGAACACUCGAGGUGUGUCUGUGUGGCCAGUCGGGUUUGUGGGUGGCAGAGCAUAUGAGCGCCCACUAGUGUCAGGGGGCAGAGUUGUAGGCUGGUACACUGGCUGGAGACCAGACCGUACCUUUGCCACUGACAUGGCAGGUUUCGCUGUGAACCUCCAGGUGAUCCUGGCGAAUCCAAGGGCACAGUUCAAGAGACGGGGAUCCCAGCCAGGAAUGCAGGAGUCCGACUUCCUCAAGCAGAUCACAAAAGUGACGGAGUUGGAGCCCAAGGCCAACAACUGCACGCGGGUUAGUGGGAGGGCCCUGCUGGUUGUAUCGAGAGUGAAUGCGAUGGAGCUUCAUACUGAAGUUCAGUAUCUGAACCUUCUAUGGUUUUUAGUAUGCAGACAUCCAUUGACCAAUUUUCUACACUGCUGGUCCUCAUUAGGGUGGAGAUGUAUAGAUUUCUUUGCAUUAGGUUGGAACUUUUCACUGUGAGGCAGCUAUAAUUAACUGGUACUUCUCUAUCAUCUAAAAUAGAAAAGAAGCGAAAUUUAAGAGAUCACACCUUUGCUGCCGGUUUUAAUUGGACAGGCAAUGUAUUUUUUUUCAGAGAUUUCUUCUUUGUAUCUUAAGUGUACAAAAAAUGCAAUCACUGUAUUAUAAAAUGUAAUAAUGCAAUGUAAUAACAAUAAAUGAUGACCUUAGAUCAUUUGACUAAUGUGUAGCGGAAGAUUGCUGACUAGAGUUCAGAGGUGAGUCUCUUCACAUUACAAUUCAAAAGAGCUUACUGAGCAAUGUACGGUACAUUCCAUUCCUCUUUCAUGGUUAUUGUCGACAUACUGUAGUCAUAUUGUACUGAGAUGCCCGAACAGCAAUGUUGUAUUGCUACCACUUCAUCAUAUUUCUUGUCUUCAGCAUCACUGGUGGCAAAAAAAAUAAUAGAGGACUACUGUAUAAUGCACGACAGCAGUUUGAACGCGAGGAUUUACAUUUGAGGCAUAUAUUUCUUUUUAAAAAUGUUUGUUUGAACUCCGAAUUGCACAACUUUGAGGGCAUUUAAAUGUAGAGGUUCCAUUUUAUGACAUCUUGUUGAAUCCAAAGUUCCACUCAGAUUAGAAUGGAAACACAGUGACAAAGCACAUUCAGCUAUACAUAGUGUUGUGACAUUCAGGGCAGCUUGC